AUGCCUGCUACUCUCGAUUCAAGUGCUGUCUGGUUGAUUACCGGUUGCUCAUCCGGCUUAGGCAAAUCCUUUGCCCAAGCAGUCUACAACCUAGGCCAUAACGUCGUCGUAACCGCUCGCAACACAAGUACCCUCUCCUACCUCCCCGAUGAUUCUCCACGAGUGCUCAAAAUAAAACUCGACGUUACUUCCAAGGAAUCCAUCAUCAACGCCGUCAACUCCACUGUAGAGAAGUACGGUCGUCUAGACGUUGUCAUCAACAAUGCCGGGUAUGGACUCUUGGGGGAUUCUGAGAGUAUACCCGAAGAGGAUGCGCGAAUGGAGAUUGAGACUCUAUUUUGGGGUCCGGUAUUCCUGAUGCAGGAAGCGGUGCGAGUGUUUCGAGAGGUCAAUAAACCUCGACACAACGUCGGUGGGACCAUUGUCAACAUUAGUUCGAUGGGAGGAACGAUCACAGUUGGCGGUAACGCUUUUUACCACGCUGGGAAAUUCGCGCUAGAAGGCUUCUCAAAAGCCAUGGCGCAAGAAAUGAAACCAGAGUGGAACAUUCGUUUCCUCCUCGUCGGCCCCGGAGGCGUCCGUACAAACUUUAUGAAUACUCCAAACAGCGGCUUAAAGCUUGCGCCACGACAUCCGGCGUACAACACUGGAGAUGAUCCUCUGAGCCUCUUGUUGGGAUACACCAACAGUCCGGACGCACCAAAGACUUGGAGUGAUCCCGACAAAUGUGCGCGUUUACUUGUUGAUACGGUUCUUGGUACUACUGGGAAAGAAUUGCCUAGGAUGUUGUUGAUGGGCGCUGAUUCGGUGCAGUAUGUCAAGCUGGAGCUGGAGAAACAAUUGAAGGAGAUCGAGGAUUGGACAGUGGAGAGCAAGAGUGUUUCUCCUGGCUCAGCAGAUCUAUCGUUUAUCGGGUAG